AUGACCAACCUCUUGAACCCUCAUUUAUCUCGACAUUCACAUCUCGCAUUCUGGGGCAGCAGAAUCUCCUUGGCUUUCGGCCAUCUUCACUCAGUCGUUUUGACUCUCGGUCAUCCUCACUCAAUCACCUCGGCUUUCAGUUAUUUUCACCUCACCGUCUCGCGUUUCUGGGGCAGCAGAAUCAUGACGUACACUCUUCAACCAUCACUUUACUUGACAUUCACAUCUCGCAUUCCUGGGCAACAGAAUCCCUUUGGGUCUCAGCCAUCUCCACACCACCACCAUCUUGGCUCUCAGCCAUGCUUCAUCUUCUCGUGUUUCUGGGGCAGCAGAUUCACGGUUCAACCUCGAUCACUCUCAACCUCGAUCACUCACUUCAUCAUCAUUUUCUUGACUUCAACAUUCUGGGGCAGCAGAUUGUUUGGCCUUCGGCCAUCUACACUUCAUCAUCUUGUGUUUCUGGAGCAGCAGAUUCACGGUUCAACCUCGAUCACUCUCAACCUCGAUCACUCACUUUAUCAUCAUUUUCUUGACUUCAACAUUCUGGGGCAGCAGAUUGUUUGGCCCUCGACCAUCUUUACUUCAUCAUCUCGUGUCUCUGGGGCAGCAGAUACACGUCUCGCGGCAUCACUUCGCGGCAUCACUUCGCGGCAUCACUUCGCGGCAUCACUUCGCGGCAUCACUUCGCGGCACCACCCACACAUUUUACUCAACCACUAUUCUCCUUCGACAUUCUGGGGCAGCAGAUUGUUUUCUCUUGGCUCUCGGCCAUCUACACUUCAUCGUCUCGUGUCUCUGGGGCAGCAGAUUCACGUUUCGCGGCUUCACUUCGCAGCACCACCCACACAUUUUACUCAACCACUGUUCUCCUUCGACAUUCUGGGGCAGCAGAUACACUCUUCGCGGGACCAUCGCGACUUCACUCACCCACCUCAUCACCAUCAUUCUCUUGGCUUCAACAUUCUGGGGCAGCAGAUUGUUUCUGGCACUUGA